CUCUUCCAUUUCUUCCUCUAUCUGUUCCCCACUCUCUCUCUUUCUUCCUUCAAUGCUCUCUCUCUCUCUCUAAAAAACAACCGUUUCUUUCUUCUAACCUUUCACUUUUUUAUUCCCAUUUUAACCUUCUCAAAACCAGCAUCUCUCUUCUUUUCUCAACAAGUUUAUAGUAUAGUCUUAACAUAGAUCUAUAUCUUCUUCUUUCAACUCUUUAUAUCAUUCAUUUCUGGUUAAGUUUUGUAAGAAAGAGAUAAUCCUGAACUGAAAAAGGAGCAAACUCUUGCAGAUUAUAAGCAAGAAAAAAGAGAAAGAAGCAUGCUUUAUGUGAUAAAGAUUAGUAACGUUGGUGUGUUUAGAUCAACAUCAUUUUUGAUUCUAACUCUUUGACAGGUUGGUAGUUUGAAGAACUACAACAAGGCUUGGGAAUUAUAAGAUCUGAAGAUAGAUAAGAAGACAGAAAACAAUGUUUCAGUCAAACCUCUUGGAAGCUGGUCAGUUCCAUCCAUUAGAGAUGAUGCAAAACACUUCAGAAAGCGAUGUUCCUCGAAUUCGAGAAGAUGAAUUCGAAAGUGGCACCAAAUCUUGCAGUGAAAACCAUGAAGGUGGUGCUGCUUCUGGUGAAGAACAAGGACCACGUCCUAAAAGAAAACGUUACCACCGCCACACUCAGCACCAGAUCCAAGAAAUGGAAUCUUUCUUCAAGGAGUGUCCACACCCAGAUGACAAGCAAAGGAAGGAGUUAAGCAGAGAGUUAGGGCUUGAGCCUUUGCAAGUCAAGUUUUGGUUUCAAAACAAAAGGACUCAAAUGAAGACACAACAUGAACGUUCGGAGAAUUCUCAGUUAAGAGCAGAUAAUGAAAAGCUUAGAGCUGAUAACAUGAGGUAUAGAGAAGCUCUUAGCAAUGCUUCAUGUCCUAAUUGUGGUGGUCCAACAGCUAUAGGUGAAAUGUCAUUUGAUGAACAUCAUUUGAGGCUUGAAAAUGCAAGGCUAAGAGAAGAGAUUGAUAGAAUUUCAACAAUGGCAGCGAAGUACGUUGGGAAGCCAGUGGUGAACUACUCAAACAUUUCACCAUCUCUCCCACCACGUACGGAAAUUGGUUUCGGCAACCCACAAGGGAUUGGUACUAUGGACAUGUAUGGAGCCAGUGGAGAUAUUCUAAGGUCAAUUAGUGGGCCGACCGAAGCUGACAAACCAAUUAUAAUAGAAUUAGCUGUUGCAGCUAUGGAAGAGCUUAUUGGGAUGGCUCAAAUGGGUGAUCCUCUUUGGCUAAGAACUACACCUGAAGGAGCUGCUACCGUGCUUAAUGAAGAUGAAUAUGUUAGGUCGUUUCCUCGUGGGAUUGGACCUAAACCUAAUGGUUUCAAAUGUGAAGCUUCGAGGGAAUCUAGCGUUGUUAUCAUGAAUCAUGUCAACCUUGUUGAGAUUCUCAUGGAUGUGAACCAAUGGUCAACAGUGUUUGCUGGAAUUGUUUCAAGAGCUGUGACUGUGGAGGUGUUGUCAACUGGAGUGGCAGGAAACUACAAUGGUGCUUUACAAGUGAUGACAGCAGAGUUUCAAGUACCUUCACCCCUUGUGCCGACUCGUGAGAGUUACUUUGUAAGGUAUUGUAAACAACAUCCUGACGGGACAUGGGCAGUUGUGGAUGUGUCUUUGGAUAAUCUGCGCCCGAGUCCUUCAUCUAGAUGUAGAAGAAGGCCUUCUGGUUGCUUAAUUCAAGAGAUGCCAAAUGGUUACUCAAAGGUGACAUGGGUUGAGCAUGUAGAAGUGGAUGAGAGGGGUGUUCAUAAUCUAUACAAGCAACUUGUUAACACUGGAGAUGCAUUUGGUGCAAAACGUUGGGUUGCGACUUUAGAUCGACAAUGUGAAAGACUUGCUAGCUCCAUGGCAACAAACAUUCCCACCGUUGAUGUUGGGGUGAUAACAAACCAAGAAGGGAGGAAGAGUAUGUUGAAACUGGCAGAGAGAAUGGUGAUAAGUUUCUGUGGUGGAGUGAGUGCUUCAACAGCACACACAUGGACAACACUGUCUGGAACAGGAGCCGAUGAUGUGAGAGUGAUGACUCGUAAGAGUGUCGAUGAUCCUGGAAGACCUCCUGGUAUUGUUCUUAGUGCUGCUACUUCUUUUUGGCUUCCUGUUCCACCAACACAAGUUUUUGAAUUUCUUCGUAACGAGAACUCCAGAACUGAGUGGGAUAUUCUUUCUAAUGGUGGAGUUGUCCAAGAAAUGGCGCACAUUGCAAAUGGACGAGAUACUGGAAAUUGUGUGUCUCUCCUUAGAGUAAAUAGUCCAAAUUCGAGCCAGAGCAACAUGUUAAUACUACAAGAGAGUGUAACAGAUGCAACAGGCUCAUUUGUUAUCUAUGCGCCAGUAGAUAUGGUUGCUAUGAAUGUAGUUCUAAAUGGAGGAGAUCCAGAUUAUGUUGCACUUCUUCCAUCAGGAUUUGCUAUCCUCUCUGAUGGAAAUGGAAAUGGAGUCGGCGGUGAAACUGGAGGAGGAGUAGGAGCUGGUGCUGGUGGUGGUGGAUCCCUUCUGACCGUCGCUUUUCAAAUCUUGGUUGAUUCUACUCCAACUGCUAAACUCUCUCUUGGAUCAGUUGCUACUGUUAAUAGUCUUAUCGCUUGUACUGUUGAGAGAAUCAAAGCUUCUUUAUCUGGUGAAAGUGCUUAGUUGAGCUUCAAGACUAAUAAUGGAUUUUGAGCUUACAAGGAUGAAGAGGUUGCAUUGCUUAUGGAAAAAAAAUCAAAAGGUGGUGAGGAACUUAAUUAGGCUUAAUUUACAAGAAUGGGAUGAAGUCAAGAGCGCACCUUGCAAGAUCCUUUCUAAGAGGAUUUAAUUAUAAGGUUCGGGAAUUGACUUCCCCUAGGUAUAUUAAAUGUUGACCUAACCCUAUGUGACCUUACUACCCAAUCAAAAUUUCUUUUGGACUAAUUAGAUAUGGUUAGGACCAGUCUUUUGUUUAGCCUAGGCUAUAGUUUUGAAGUAUCAUUUAAUUGUUAUUUAUGUGUUUUAGAAGCAUUAUGUGAGGUUUGAACCUAAGACACACCAUUGCUUUAAUUUCUCAUUAUAACUCUUUUCCUCUUUAGGAUUUUGAAAUUGAUUUGUUUCAUUCCUCCAAGUGAUAUUGACGUAUAUUUGUCUUGUGAUUUAA